AUGGCCAAGCAAAAUUUUCUAAUAGAGAGAAUCGAGGGUGUUCUUGAGAAGUUGGUGAAUCUAAAUCGCAAAGAUAAGUCCAAGAGGUUGGAUGAUGCUUUAUGGGCCCAUCGAACGACAUUUAAAGCUCCUUUGGGGAUGUCUCCUUACCGCUUAGUGUUUGGAAAAGAAUGUCAUUUGCCAGUGGAACUUGAACAUAGAGCUUAUUGGGCAUUCCAACAACUCAAUCUAGACUUACUCAAAUUGUUCCCUGGGAAGCUCAAGUCAAGGUGGUCUGGGCCAUUUACUAUUACUAAGGUUUAUCCUUAUGGGACUGUGAAGUUGAGAGGAAAUGGAGGUAAAUUCAAGGUUAAUGGGGAGAGGUUGAAACACUAUUGGGGAGGUGAGGUUGAGCGAAACAAGACCUCACUUACCUUAAUUCAUCCUUGA